UUUUUUCCUCAGCUCUACCAAAUCCAUUCUUUCAAAAUCUCCAAGUCCCAUCAUAAGGGGUAACUGGAUGAUCAGAAUGAGUAAUGUUGCUUUUUAUCAAGCUACUAAUGUCCGUUUGGUCCAUGGAAAUGGUGGUGAAAGUGGAGGUGGAAGGGAUUUUGCUGGCCAUCGGGGAUGUCAUAGUUCUUGUUUGAGAUUAAUGUCGAAAAGUAUACAAAAUGAAGAACCAUUCUGGAGAAAAGAAUAUUGGAGAACUUUUAAGUCCAAAAAAGUGGUAUCUUGUGCAUCAAAUUCUUGUUCCUCUGCUCCAUAUCCGAUUUUAGCCUCCUCACCAACUGAAACGAAUGAAUCCCUGAAGAAAGAAAAUGAGUCUGUUCUGAUAUUGAUUCGACAUGGAGAAUCAAUGUGGAAUGAGAAGAACCUGUUUACUGGUUGUGUUGAUGUACCAUUGACAGAAAGAGGAGUAGAAGAAGCAAUUGAAGCUGGUAAAAGAAUCAGCAAAAUGCCCCUAGAUAUUGUCUACACAUCAGCUUUGGUUCGUUCUCAAAUGACUGCUAUGCUUGCUCUCACGGAACACCACUGCAUGAAAGUGCCAAUAAUUAUUCAUAAUGAGAAUGAACAAGCUGAAAUGUGGAGUCAAAUUCACAGUGAGGAAACCCAGAAUCAAACCAUUCCAAUUAUCAAAGCAUGGCAGCUGAAUGAAAGAAUGUAUGGUGAUCUUCAGGGUUUUAACAAGCAGAAGACAGCUGAAAAAUAUGGGAAAGAUCAGGUUCAGAAAUGGCGUAGAAGUUAUGAUGUACGGCCCCCUAAUGGUGAGAGUUUGGAGAUGUGCUUGAAGAGAGCAGUUACUUUCUUUAGAGAGCAUAUUGAACCUCAACUUUUGAUUGGAAAACAUGUAAUGGUGGUGGCUCAUGCAAAUUCCCUGAGAUCCAUGAUUAUGUAUCUUGAUAAACUAACUUCUCAGGAGGUCAUUGACUUAGAAUUGUCAACUGGGGUACCUAUGCUAUACAUAUAUAAAGAAGGAAAAUUCAUAAGGAGGGGCAGCCCCUUGGGAUCUGCAGAGGUUGGUGUUUAUGCUUAUACUGAGAGCUUGGCAUUAUAUAGACAACAGUUAGAUGAAAUGUGACACUAAUGGUUUUGACUGAGCAGAUGAAUCUCUUCAGCUGGAAUAGCUUCCCUUAUAUGGAAUUCCCCACUUCUCCAGUCUUUUUAUUCAAUAUUUCGACUGCAUUAGUUGAUUGGGCUACAGAUCCUUCACACAGUCUCUUGAUACCUCAACAGCCUGUUUCAAUAUGAAAUUGUAUGACAGAGCACCAUUUUUUUUAAAUCUCUUUUUGCCCUUUUGUAUUUCCUUCUUUUCUUCUAAAUCUCGUGGAGAGUUUAACUCUUUUAUUCUUGUAUUAGAGCGCUCAAAUUUGCUAUUCUUAUCA